AUGUCGGUCCGAGUCGGUCCGAGGGUCACGUGGACCAUUGUUCCCGCUGCCUCUCGGUCAACCUUCCCUUCAACACAGUUGUCAGUCUCGCGUCCGCCGCGUGUAUACAUGGCCCUCCGUCGUUUUGCCCAAGAGAACAAUGCAACCGCAUCCCCCAGGAGCCCCGACGGCCCCGUCCCAAGCACGCCCAUGAGCGGCCUCCCAGCUACACCGCGCAGUCGUCUUUCCUAUGGCAUCCAUCGCUCCCCGGCGGACACACCAUCAAUAUCCUCGUCCGUGCCCUUUGACUGGGAGGCUGCGCGCUCGCGAGCACCCCCACCAUAUGCGACGCCACUCAAACGGGGUCGAAAGAGCGUAGCAACGGGCACGACUGCAACACCACGAAAGGCCGUCGUCCGCAAAAAGACUCUUUUCGAACGAAUACAAAAUAUCCCCUCAGCAAUCGCGUUCGAAAUCGCGUUGUUCCCGCAGAAUGUGCCACUCCCGACACCAAAGACGUCCGCUCGAAUAAUAGGCGGCGCCAUCCACUUCGUUCACUUCUGCAUCAUGGCCGGACACGACACAGACGAUAGCUGGGAUGUCAUAUCCGGAGUGCAGAGCUCCUCAUGGUUUGACUGGACAACACCCAUCACUAUCCUCCUCGUCCUCGUCUCGAUCUACAAUAUCUACAGCCUCGCCACCCGCUCACGGAACUACAAGUUCCACCACCGCACCGACCCACUCUCGUCCCCACACGCCAAGUUCGUCACCACCAAGCUCGACCUCGAGCCCCUACCACAGCCCUCUUUCGGGAAACACCUCCGCUCGAAUACGUGGUACGCGUUUUCCUACUUCUGGCGCUUCCUGUUGGGCAUGCAGCCCCCGACGCGUGCGCUGCCGCCGAAGGAGAAGACGGCGAGGGUACAGGAGUUGGACGUCUGGGAGCCGACGGAGCUGGAGCUGGAGCUGUUUAGCAUCUACUCGCCUGCCCAUGCGCUGCUGUGGUUGGCGAUGAGCUCCUCGAAUUGGAUCUUGUCUCUGCUGAUUAUGGGUGUUGUGGGCGUGCAGCUCCAUGCCGUAAUUCAUGCCUAUACUCUGUUGCUGAAAGAUAAGCAACUGCUUUCUGCAGAAACCAUGAAAGAAUAUAACGACGUGUUCGUAUACCCACGUAUCAACCCAAUCCGUCGCGAUGUGGCUGUUAUGACUCACGAGUCCGAAGUAGUGAAUAUUUGGGAAUAG